ACAGAGCACUGCGCAUGCGCGACGUGCAUAGCAACACUGGGAAGGCAGAGGAGAAGUGGGAUCGUUUAUGCGCAUUUUUGGGACGAAAAGAGAAAAAUCCCCUAAACAGACGCUCAGGAAUCAUGGGGAGUGUGUUCCUGCCGGCGGACGCGGCCCACUCGGUGCUGCACAGGCUGCGCAGGGCCAACUUCUUGCUAGAGGAGAUGAAGCAGGGGAACAUCCAGAGGGAGUGCCGCGAGGAGAUCUGCACCUACGAGGAGGCCCGCGAGGCUUUCGAGAACGACGAGAAGACGAGACGGUUCUGGGAGGAAUAUGUGCGGGAGAGCAGUCCAAGCGGGGGGCUGGAGACGGUGGUGGGGGGGGUCCACUCUCUCUACCUGAUCGUGCCGUUGCUGCUGGUGGUGCUCAUCAUCGUCGCCGUGGCCAUCACUGUGUGGCGCUGUCACUCUCGCAAGCGUUCGCAGCGCAGCCCCAGCCUGGGUCACUCGCACCACGACCACGUCCUGUCAGUGGUCUCUAUGGACCAUUGGGGGAGGGACUUCCACCAGGGGGACCAUUCAGAACUCAGUGUGCACAGCAGCCCCGCCUAUCCAGGCUCAGAGCCCACAUCAGGGAGAGGAGGCACCGGAGACCCGCCACCAUCUUAUGAGGAGGCUGUGGGCCACACAGACGUCCAGAUAGAGACGGAGCCCCCGCCCCAGUACGAGGAUAUAGUCAACAAUAGCUCUGGAGGCCGGGGGAAGUAAAGGGGUCUCUCUCUACCGCCCCAACAGAAGCCCUAACACACACUAAGACCAUCUGAUGAAUGAGCAGAAUCACUGUUGUGGAAUCACCAGCCUUCUCCCCUCAACACACACAGACUGUUAACGGUCUGCUCGAUGGACUUAUACAAUGUUUGCCCAGUGCCAGCGCUGUUGAAGUUUGCACUAAUCUUUCAUCGAUGAGGUGAAGUAAUAGCAGGAAGGAUGUUGCAAUACCAAAACCAACCAGCCUCAUCUGAUUUUCCUCAACUUCCAUCUGUCACACUGAUGCAAAUAUUUAACUCGGCAGGCAUAACACAUGUUGCAUGUUGCGAAUUAAAAAAGGGUUCAGAUUGCCAUAAUGGAGGACAACUAUUCUAAAAGUGUAUAUAAGGGUUGGACCAAUGGUUUAUUGAAGGGUGAGUGCCAAUUUCGUAGGUCAUCUGCACAUGUUUUGCACUUAAAUUCAACCUUUUUGUGAUCCAAAACAUGGUAUUUACUACGGUUUUGCCCCCAAUCUAUACCAUUCUUUGCAAUUUUAAAACAUUUCUAUUCAUUUUUAUCAACAUUUCAAGGAUUGAAAACGUAAUCCCAAUACGAAUGUGAAUCGGUUUUAAAUGCCUCUGAACAGCACACACCAGAGAGAGAGAGCUAGGCUACUACUAUGAAUGCAAUUACUUUUUACUUUCUAUAGAACAUACUUAUUUCGAAAGUCAUUUACAUUUUGAAUAUUGCAUACUUUUGCAAAAAUGUUGCUUGGCAUUAUUCUGAAAGAGCAUUUGUUCGAGUGGAACACAGAAAAAUGUAGCUCCAAUUAAUGAUUUUUCACCACCAGAGUUCAGAAAGAGAGAAGCAAUUAGAAAAUCAAACAAUGGUUUUGUUUGUCUAACCUGUUAGCAAACAAUGAUUCCCCUGCAGUUCCAUCCCACUCGUUAGCUCUGGCUUGGUCGACUGACUCCCAACACAAACAUUUGUUUGCUUACUUUUCCUGUUUUAUGCUGGCUAAGUGGUGGAUGCUUGGCUUGUUAAUUGUAGAAAUUGUAACUGACUGCCCAGAGAUUUAUAUUGGGGGUUAAAGGGAGUUUUGAGACCAAACAUUAGGUAAAUGAUCGGGUUUCAGAACCAAAACAAUUCCCACAUUAAUUUAAUCCAUGUUUGAACCUUAAAGAAAUACAAUUUUACAGGAUUAAAGAGUCAAGAUGCCAAAGGAAUGCAUUGGUCCAACUUCAGUAUACAUUUCAAUGUUUACAUAUGUAAGAUAAAACCAGCAGUAAUGAAGUGUGAGAUGUGUUUGGUGUAUGUGUGUCGUAUGUGCUUACAGUGUGUGAUGCAUGCAGCUGGGUCUGUUCUCCUGAGGCUGGAUGUGGCUCUGCGCCGUCUGUUCUCUGGUCUGUUAUCAGAGCCUGCUUUAACUGUGAAAAUCUACUCUUUCCUCUAAAGCAAAUGUAACCAUGUAGGAAAUGAACAGUCUUCUGCCGUGCCACUUUCACUAAAAGCACACUGAGGAUUCUCACCAUUAAUGGAAGUUUUGGAGUGACUUGCACAGGAUUGUGGGACAGGAAGCAAUAGAAACAGACGCUUUGGAAAAAUGUGUAUAAGAGGGAAGAGAUUCUGUAAUUAACGACACUAUGGACAAAUUCCACGUUUAGCAUGUGUAAUGUACCUGUAUAUAAAUAUGUAUAGUCUUUACGUGUGAAGGUAAGUUACAGUGAUUGUUUUUCAUUGCAUAGGGGUGCAGUGACACAGGUAAAGCUAGUAUACAGUAGGUUUGGAUACAUGAAGACACUUAGUGUUUGAGCUCAAACUGAGCUUUUGGAUGAAAGCCAGGACAGUCUGGUUUGACGUCUGCAGCGUCACUUUCAACUGUUACAAUGUCACUGUAAUCUUCUGGAAGAAAGUGCUCAUACUCUAUAUGCAAUGUUGCUGCAUACACUCUGAAAACCAAAUAUAUCUGUCUAAUAAUACUACUCAUAAAUGUCACAUCUCCUGGUUACACCUCAGACUUUGAGCACUGAUUAUUAUACUUUUUGUGAGUUGACCUGUGCACCUCAGCACUUGCAAUGACCUUUAACUGAGUUGUGCUGGGAGGGGGGGCAGCCAUUUUGGUAAGGUCAGUUGCAGAACCCUUUUUUUACAAUGCCUUAUUAAACAAAAUGUUAUAUAACAUUAAAUGCAAGAAAAGUUGUUAUAAAUUCUUGAUAUGUGCAGAAGCUUGAAUUCAUUUGUAAUAAAACACGAAAAAUGUGCAA